AUGGAGUCCUCUGAGAAACCGAAAACUGACGGGGAAGAUACGAGUGAUUGGAUCAUCUACAAGGUUCCCAAUAAGCUUCGGAAGAUACGUCCACCAGCUUACACUCCCCAACUAGUUUCAAUUGGGCCUUUUCACCAUGGCGUAUCAAACUUAAAGGCCAUGGAACAUUAUAAAGCCAAGUACAUGGAAAAAUUGCUGAGACGGCCCAUCUGUAAUCAUAUUAACGAGGAGGAUUUAAUCCACGAGAUCGCGAACAAGAAAGAAGAUGGGACACUUGUGGAAAAAGCCCAGCGUAGCUAUCAAGAAGAGACCUUUGAGCCUGAGAAUAAGAAAAAGUACAGGACGGACUCGAAAAAGUACUGGGAGGACCCGAAAAACAUUUUACGAGAUGCCUGCUUCAUCCUUGAGCUCUUCCUUAGAAACCACGAAAAUCCAUUUUCACCUACCGAUGAAGAAGAUAAUAAAGAAGACGAGAAAUAUUCAGGGGAAUACAUAUUAAGUCCAUGGGUUAAGGCAUCUAUAGAACAGGACUUGAUAUUGCUGGAAAAUCAGCUUCCCUUUUUUGUUCUUACUCGACUUUAUCGAAAAUCUUGCACCGAGGAGAAUUCUAAAAAUAAACCUUUCUCCGAGUACUCCGAGAAGGAAAAGGAACAAUUGGUGAGCGAAAUGAAACCUAUCAAACAUCUCACUGAUUUGGUUAGAAAGUUUAUGUAUGACAAAACAGAUAAGUUUCCCACGAGUUCUUAUGAUUUGACCCGCUGUCUCUAUUCUGCAAAGCAACUGGAUGAUGCGGGGGUGGCGUUUGGGCGUCCUAAAGAUGCUACAUAUUUAACUCACAUAAAGAUUUGGCCUGAUGUUAAGGACGAUGAUAAGUGCUGCAGGUGGAAUUACCGCGAUCGCUGCUGGUGGAAUGGCCGCGGUUGCUGUUGGAUAAGUGGGUGA